AUGGCGGCCCACAAGCCGGUGGAAUGGGUGCAGGCCGUGGUGAACCGCUUCGAUGAGCAGCUUCCCAUAAAGGCUGGCCAGCAGAACACCCACACCAAAGUCAGCACGGAGCACAACAAGGAAUGUCUCAUCAACAUUUCCAAGUACAAGUUCUCCCUGGUCAUCAGUGGCCUCACUAAUAUCUUAAAAAAUGUUAAUAACAUGAGAAUAUUUGGAGAAACUGCUGAAAAGAAUUUGUACCUAUCUCAGCUGAUUAUCUUGGAUACACUGGAAAAAUGCCUGGCAGGGCAACCCAAGGAUACCAUGCGACUAGACGAGACCAUGCUGGUGAAACAGCUGCUGCCAGAGAUCUGCCACUUCAUCCACACUUACCGCGAAGGCAACCAGCACGCAGCCGAGCUGCGCAACUCCGCCUCGGGGGUUCUGUUCUCCCUUAGCUGCAACAACUUCAAUGCCGUCUUCAGCCGCAUCUCCACCAGGUUGCAGGAGCUGACUGUUUGCUCAGAAGAUAAUGCUGAUGUCCAUGAUAUUGAGCUCUUGCAGUACAUCAGUGUGGAUUGUUCCAAACUAAAGCGACUCUUGCAAGAGACUGUAUUCAAGUUUAAAGCUCUUAAGAAAGUAGCUCAGUUAGCUGUUAUCAACAGUCUUGAAAAGGCCUUUUGGAACUGGGUGGAAAACUAUCCUGAUGAAUUCACAAAGCUCUAUCAAACCCCACAGACUGAUAUGGCUGAUUGUGCUGAGAAGUUGUUUGACUUAGUGGAUGGCUUUGCUGAAAGCACAAAACGUAAAGCAGCAGUCUGGCCACUGCAAAUCAUCCUCCUGGUCCUGUGUCCAGAGAUAAUCCAAGAUAUAGCAAAGGAUGUGGUAGAGGAAACGAAAAUGAACAAGAAACUGUUCCUGGACAAUCUCAGGAAAGCUCUUGCAGGCCACGGUGGGAGCAGACAGCUGACUGAAAGUGCUGCUAUUGCUUGUGUUAAACUGUGCAAAGCCUCUACCUACAUCAACUGGGAAGAUAACUCUGUCAUUUUCCUGCUGGUGCAGUCCAUGGUAGUAGAUCUUAAGAAUUUGCUGUUUAAUCCAAGCAAACCUUUUUCAAGAGGCAAUCAAAAUGCAGAUGUAGACCUUAUGAUUGACUGCUUAGUUUCCUGCUUCCGCAUAAACCCUCACAAUAACCAACACUUUAAGAUCUGCUUGGCACAGAAUUCCCCAUCAACAUUUCAUUAUGUGCUGGUAAAUUCGCUCCACCGAAUAAUCACAAAUUCGGCACUGGAUUGGUGGCCCAAGAUUGAUGCAGUUUACUGCCACUCCAUGGAGCUGCGCAGCAUGUUCAGCGAGACCCUGCACAAAGCCAUCCAGGGCUGCGGGGCUCACCCAGCCAUCCGCAUGACUCCGAGUCUUACAUUUAAGGAAAAAAUGACAAGCCUUAAAUUUAAAGAAAAACCUACUGAUUUGGAAACCAGAAGCUACAAAUUCUUGCUGUUGUCCUUGGUGAAGCUGAUCCAUGCUGAUCCAAAGCUUUUGCUGUGUAAUCCCAGGAAGCAAGGGCCUGAGACCCAAGGCAGCACAGCUGAGCUGAUCACAGGACUUGUCCAGCUCGUUCCCCAGUCCAGCAUGCCAGACAUAGCCCAGGAAGCCAUGGAGGCCUUGCUAGUUCUUCACCAGUUAGACAGCAUUGACUUGUGGAAUCCUGAUGCACCUAUAGAAACCUUCUGGGAAAUUAGUUCACAAAUGCUUUUUUAUAUCUGCAAGAAACUCACUAGUCACCAGAUGCUCAGCAGUACAGAGAUCCUCAAGUGGCUGCGAGAGAUUCUCAUCUGUAGAAAUAAAUUUCUUCUGAAAAACAAACAAUCAGACAGGAGUUCCUGCCACUUCCUCUUCCUUUACGAUGUCUCUGGAGGUGGAACCAGUCAAAUUUCUCUUGACCACGAAGAGAUGAUCCGCUGUGCUCCAGGAGCUACCCUCAGGAAAGGGAAAGGGAAUUCUUCCAUGGAGAGCACAGCAGGAUGCAGUGGGACACCCAUUUGCCGCCAAGCCCAGACUAAGUUGGAGGUUGCCCUGUACAUGUUUCUGUGGAGCCCAGAUAUCGAGGCAGUGCUGGUGGCAAUGUCCUGUUUCCGUCACCUCUGUGAGGAAGCAGAUAUCAGAUGUGGAGUAGAUGAAGUCUCAGUGCAUAACUUUUUGCCAAACUACAACACUUUCAUGGAGUUUGCCUCCGUUAGCAAUAUGAUGUCAACAGGCAGAGCAGCUCUUCAGAAAAGAGUGAUGGCAUUGCUGAGGCGCAUUGAGCACCCAACUGCAGGCAACACAGAGGCCUGGGAGGAUACACAUGCAAAAUGGGAACAAGCUACAAAACUGAUCCUUAACUAUCCAAAGACCAAAAUGGAAGAUGGGCAGGUUACUGAAAGCCUUCACAAGACGAUUGUGAAGAGAAGGAUGUCCCACGUCAGUGGGGGAGGCUCCAUAGACUUGUCUGACACUGACUCCCUUCAGGAGUGGAUCAACAUGACAGGGUUCUUGUGUGCCCUCGGAGGGGUCUGCCUGCAGCACCGCAGCAACGCAGGGCUGGCGACCUACAGCCCCCCCAUGGGCCCUGUGAGUGAGCGCAAGGGCUCCAUGAUCUCCAUGGUGUCCACGGAGGGGAACGCAGAGACCCCUGUCAGCAAAUUCAUCGAUCGACUGCUCACCCUCAUGGUCUGCAACCACGAGAAAGUGGGCCUGCAGAUAAGGACUAACAUCAAAGACCUGGUGGGCUUGGAGCUGAGCCCAGCACUUUAUCCCAUGCUCUUUAACAAGCUGAAGAACACCAUCAGCAAGUUUUUUGAUUCUCAAGGACAGGUUUUGUUGACUGAGACCAACACACAGUUUGUAGAGCAAACCAUUGCUAUAAUGAAGAAUUUGCUUGACAAUCAUACAGAAGGGAGCUCAGAACACCUUGGACAAGCUAGUAUUGAGACAAUGAUGUUAAAUCUGGUUAGGUAUGUGCGUGUGCUUGGGAAUUUGGUCCAUGCCAUUCAAAUCAAAACUAAGCUCUGUCAGUUAGUAGAAGUAAUGAUGGAGAGGAGAGAUGACCUUUCAUUUUGCCAAGAAAUGAAAUUCAGGAACAAAAUGGUGGAGUAUUUGACAGACUGGGUCAUGGGAACCUCUAACCAAGCAACAGAUGAGGAUGUGAAAUGCUUGACAAGAGAUUUGGACCAAGCAAGCAUGGAAGCAGUGGUCUCUCUCCUUGCUGGCCUUCCACUGCAGCCUGAAGAAGGAGAUGGUGUUGAGUUGAUGGAAGCAAAAUCUCAGCUAUUUCUUAAGUAUUUCACACUGUUUAUGAACCUCCUCAAUGACUGCAGUGAAGUUGAAGAUGAAAGUGCCCAAACAGGCGGCAGGAAGCGGGGGAUGUCUCGCAGGCUGGCUUCCCUUCGGCACUGCACUGUGCUUGCCAUGUCCAACCUGCUCAACGCCAACGUGGACAGUGGCCUGAUGCACUCCAUAGGGUUGGGCUAUCAUAAAGACCUCCAAACAAGAGCUACGUUUAUGGAAGUCCUCACCAAAAUACUGCAGCAGGGAACAGAAUUUGAUACCUUAGCAGAAACAGUGCUGGCAGAUCGGUUUGAGAGAUUGGUGGAGUUGGUUACAAUGAUGGGUGAUCAGGGGGAGCUUCCUAUUGCUAUGGCUUUAGCCAAUGUGGUGCCUUGCUCUCAGUGGGAUGAGCUAGCUCGUGUCCUGGUCACACUCUUUGAUUCCCGGCACUUGCUCUACCAGCUGCUCUGGAAUAUGUUUUCCAAGGAGGUUGAACUGGCAGAUUCCAUGCAGACUCUCUUCCGAGGGAACAGCCUUGCCAGUAAAAUAAUGACUUUCUGUUUUAAGGUAUAUGGUGCUACCUAUUUGCAGAAGCUUUUGGAACCUUUAUUAAGGACUGUGAUCACAUCCUCUGAAUGGCAGCAUGUCAGCUUUGAGGUGGAUCCAACAAGGCUGGAGCCUACUGAAAGCCUUGAGGAGAACCAGAGGAGUCUCUUGCAAAUGACAGAAAAGUUUUUUCAUGCAAUCAUUAAUUCUUCUCUGGAGUUCCCACCGCAGCUGCGCAGUGUGUGCCAUUGUUUAUACCAGGCAACUUGCCACUCUCUACUGAAUAAAGCUACCGUAAAAGAAAAAAAGGAAAACAAAAAAUCAGUGGUAAGUCAGCGGUUCCCUCAGAACAGCAUCGGCGCCGUGGGCAGUGCCAUGUUCCUGCGGUUCAUCAACCCUGCCAUCGUCUCCCCCUAUGAGGCAGGCAUUCUGGACAAAAAGCCUCCACCAAGGAUUGAAAGGGGAUUGAAACUCAUGUCAAAGAUCCUUCAGAGUAUUGCCAACCACGUCCUGUUUACAAAAGAGGAGCACAUGAGGCCUUUCAAUGACUUUGUGAAAAGCAAUUUCGAUGCGGCACGAAGGUUUUUCCUGGACAUUGCCUCCGACUGCCCAGCCAGCGACACUGUCAAUCACAGCCUGUCCUUCAUCAGCGACGGCAACGUGCUGGCUCUGCACCGCCUGCUCUGGAACAACCAGGAGAAGAUUGGCCAGUACCUGUCCAGCAACAGGGACCACAAGGCUGUUGGAAGACGACCUUUUGACAAGAUGGCCACUCUGCUUGCCUACCUGGGCCCUCCUGAGCACAAACCUGUGGCAGAUACCCAUUGGUCCAGUUUAAACCUCACUAGUUCCAAGUUUGAAGAAUUUAUGACAAGGCAUCAGGUCCAUGAAAAAGAGGAGUUCAAAGCACUGAAAACAUUAAAUAUUUUCUACCAAGCUGGGACAUCCAAAGCUGGCAAUCCUGUUUUCUACUACAUUGCACGGCGAUUCAAGACUGGUCAGAUCAAUGGAGAUCUGCUGAUCUACCACGUGCUGCUGACUCUGAAGCCAUACUAUGCAAAGCCAUACGAGAUCGUGGUGGACCUCACCCAUGCUGGCCCCAGUAACCGCUUUAAAACAGACUUUCUUUCCAAAUGGUUUGUAGUUUUUCCAGGCUUUGCUUAUGAAAAUGUCUCAGCAGUUUUUAUUUAUAACUGUAACUCUUGGGUCAGAGAAUACACCAAAUACCAUGAAAGGCUCUUGACAGGUUUGAAAGGCAGCAAAAGGCUUAUUUUCAUAGACUCUCCAGGGAAACUGGCAGAGCACAUCGAACAUGACCAGCAGAAACUCCCAGCAGCUACCUUGGCUUUGGAGGAAGACUUGAAAGUGUUUCACAAUGCUCUCAAACUGGCUCACAAAGACACCAAAGUUUCUAUUAAAGUUGGGUCGACAGCCGUGCAGGUGACAUCAGCAGAACGAACCAGAGUGCUGGGGCAAACGGUGUUCUUGAACGACAUCUACUACGCCUCUGAGAUUGAGGAGAUCUGCCUGGUUGAUGAGAACCAGUUCACCUUGACCAUUGCCAACCAAGGCACCCCACUCACCUUCAUGCACCAGGAGUGUGAAGCCAUCGUGAGGUCCAUCAUUCACAUACGGACACGGUGGGAGCUGUCACAGCCAGACUCCAUCCCCCAGCACACGAAAAUCCGUCCCAAGGACGUCCCUGGGACGCUGCUGAAUAUUGCGCUGCUCAACCUGGGAAGCUCAGACCCCAGUUUGCGGUCUGCCGCCUAUAAUCUUCUUUGUGCCUUAACCUGUACCUUUAAUUUAAAGAUUGAGGGCCAGUUACUGGAAACUUCAGGUCUGUGUAUUCCUGCCAACAACACUCUAUUUAUUGUGUCCAUCAGUAAGACUCUUGCAGCUAAUGAACCACACCUCACCUUAGAGUUCUUGGAAGAGUGCAUUUCUGGAUUUAGCAAAUCUAGUAUUGAGCUGAAACACCUCUGUCUGGAGUAUAUGACCCCCUGGCUGUCCAACCUGGUCCGGUUCUGCAAGCACAAUGACGAUGCGAAGCGGCAGCGGGUCACAGCUAUCCUUGAUAAGCUUAUCACCAUGACAAUUAAUGAGAAACAGAUGUAUCCUUCCAUCCAGGCAAAGAUCUGGGGAAGUCUGGGACAGAUAACAGAUCUCCUUGACGUAGUGCUGGACAGUUUCAUCAAAACCAGUGCCACAGGGGGCUUAGGAUCCAUAAAAGCUGAGGUUAUGGCAGACACAGCUGUAGCACUUGCUUCUGGAAAUGUAAAGUUGGUGUCAAGCAAAGUGAUUGGGAGGAUGUGUAAAAUAAUCGACAAGACCUGCCUGUCUCCGACUCCCACCCUGGAGCAGCACCUGAUGUGGGAUGAUAUUGCUAUUCUAGCACGUUACAUGCUGAUGCUCUCCUUCAACAAUUCUCUGGAUGUGGCAGCACAUCUCCCCUACCUCUUCCAUGUGGUAACUUUACUGGUGGCCACUGGUCCCCUUUCUCUCAGAGCUUCCACUCACGGUCUCGUCAUCAACAUCAUUCAUUCUCUUUGCACUUGUUCGCAGCUCCACUUCAGUGAGGAGACCAAGCAAGUUUUAAGGCUGAGCUUGACUGAGUUCUCUCUGCCCAAAUUUUAUUUGCUGUUUGGAAUCAGCAAAGUGAAGUCAGCUGCAGUCAUCGCCUUCCGAUCCAGCUACCGCGACAGGUCCUUCUCCCCUGGCUCCUAUGAGAGGGAGACUUUUGCACUGACUUCCUUGGAAACUGUCACUGAGGCUUUGUUGGAGAUCAUGGAGGCCUGUAUGAGGGAUAUUCCAACCUGCAAGUGGCUGGACCAGUGGACUGAACUAGCUCAAAAGUUUGCAUUCCAGUACAACCCCUCCCUGCAGCCCAGAGCCCUGGUUGUGUUUGGCUGUAUAAGCAAACGAGUCUCCCAUGGACAAAUCAAACAAAUCAUCCGAAUCCUCAGCAAGGGACUUGAGAGCUGUUUAAAAGGCCCUGAUAAUUACAACAGCCAAGUUCUAAUAGAAGCUACAGUUAUAGCACUCACCAAGCUGCAGCCUCUUCUUAAUAAGGACUCCCCUAUGCACAAGGCUCUCUUUUGGGUGGCAAUGGCAGUGCUGCAGCUGGAUGAGGUGAACUUGUACUCAGCAGGCACAGCACUGCUGGAGCAGAAUCUGCACACCUUGGACAGCCUGAGGGUCUUCAACGACAAGAGCCCAGAAGAGGUGUUCAUGGAGAUCAGGAGGCCACUGGAAUGGCACUGCAAGCAGAUGGAUCACUUUGUUGGGCUAAACUUCAACUCCAACUUUAACUUUGCACUAGUGGGACACCUCCUGAAAGGGUACAGGCAUCCUUCUCCUACCACUGUAGCAAGAACAGUGAGGAUUUUACAUACACUACUGGCUCUGGUUAACAAACACAGGAACUGUGACAAGUUUGAGGUGAACACCCAGAGCGUGGCUUACCUGGCAGCUCUGCUGACAGUGUCUGAGGAAGUCCGAAGCCGCUGCAGCCUGAAGCACAGAAAGUCUCUCUUGCUGACAGAUAUUUCAGUGGAGAAUGUUCCUAUGGAUACAUAUCCCAUACAUCACAGUGACACUAGCUAUAGGACACUAAAGGAAAACCAACCCUGGUCAUCACCAAAGGGGUCAGACAGACUGGCUGCCAGUUACCCGACAGUGGGACAGAUAAGCCCUCGAACACGAAAAUCCAUGAGUUUGGAUAUGGGGCAGCCUUCACAAGCCAACACUAAAAAGCUUCUAGGUACAAGGAAAAGUUUUGACCAUUUGAUAUCGGACACAAAGGCUCCUAAAAGGCAAGACAUGGAAUCUGGAAUCACAACGCCUCCCAAAAUGAGGAGAGUAGCCGAAAAUGAUUAUGAAAUGGAAACCCAGAGGAUAUCACCGCAGCAGCACCCACAUCUUCGGAAGGUUUCUGUUUCUGAGUCAAAUGUCCUCCUGGACGAAGAAGUUCUGACUGACCCCAAAAUUCAAGCACUGCUGCUUACAGUUCUUGCGACCUUAGUGAAGUACACUACAGACGAGUUCGACCAGCGGAUCCUCUAUGAGUACUUAGCAGAAGCCAGUGUUGUCUUCCCAAAGGUCUUUCCUGUUGUGCAUAAUUUAUUGGAUUCCAAGAUCAAUACCCUUUUAUCGCUGUGCCAGGAUCCAAAUCUGCUGAAUCCAAUCCAUGGGAUUGUGCAGAGUGUUGUCUACCAUGAAGAGUCUCCACCCCAGUACCAAACUUCUUACCUGCAGAGUUUUGGAUUUAAUGGGUUGUGGAGGUUUGCUGGCCCAUUUUCAAAGCAAACACAAAUCCCAGACUAUGCUGAGCUCAUAGUGAAGUUCCUAGAUGCCUUGAUUGACACAUAUUUGCCUGGAAUCGAUGAGGAGACCAGCGAAGAAUCUCUGCUGACUCCCACAUCUCCGUACCCUCCCGCAGUGCAGAGCCAGCUCAGCAUUACUGCUAACCUGAACCUCUCCAAUUCCAUGACCUCACUUGCAACCUCCCAGCACUCCCCAGGGAUCGACAAGGAGAACGUGGAGCUCUCGCCCACGGCCGGACACUCCAACAGCGGGAGGAUGCGGCACGGCUCUGCCAGCCAGGUGCAGAAGCAGCGCAGUGCCGGCAGCUUCAAACGCCACAGCAUCAAGAAGAUCGUCUGA